AUGCUCAGAACAACAACGGCAGCUCUGUUUCACCCCACAACCAAGCUGUACUAUUUACCCCUCAAGGCUUUCGUCUCACACUCGCUUCACAAACCCCAACGGUUAAUAAAUCGACAAAGCUACCCUCAAGCUGAUAGAACAAUCUUAUCCAUCAACACACCUCGUUCUCUAUCAUCUACAACAGUUCCCCAAAUUUCUAACGACACGACUUCUGAUUUGGACAGCAGUUACUUAUCUUGCUCAAUGACCAAUAGCAAGCACCCUCUCAAAAUUAUGGUUCUUCUCGGUGGUGGCGUUGAUAGCAGUGUCACACUUCGCCUCCUCCACGCAGAAGAUUUCCAGAACUUUUGGUCUGAAUGUCCAUGGGAAGAGGAUUUGAACUACGCAAAAGUUGUUUGCAAUCAGGUUGAUGUAGCACUGGAAGUUGUACAUAUGAAAAAUGAAUAUUGGGACAAAGUGGUUUCUUACAUUAUUGAUGAGUAUAAAUGUGGGUGUACACCUAACCAUGAUGUUCUUUGCAAUACAAGAAUCAAAUUUGGUGCGUUCAUGGAUGCCAUCGGUAACUUGGAUUUUGAGUUUGUUGCUUCUGGACAUAAUGCAAAUGUUAUUCACCCCCUUAUAGAUGAAACCAAUGAGCUUUCAUUUCUUCAGCUGUCAACGGAUAUGGUUCGGCAUGGCCUGUUUUUCUAUGAUUGCAGUUUGCAUGUAGAAGAAAAUGAUGGUUUUGGCACUGUCCAAUUACCUAAAGAUGAUCAGGGUCUCGCAGCCGGCCAAUUUGCAACUUUUUAUCAACAAGAGCUUUGUGUGGGGUCAGGGGUAAUUUUGGAAUCAUGGGAUGAUGCUAAGGGGUUUCCUGUUUCUGUUUCUGACAAGGCUCGUCAUAUUGCAAAAACGGAAGAUAAAUCUAAGCUUGGUAAACCCAUCAUGAUCAAACAAAAAACUCAAGAUUGUUUGACAGAUUCGAUAUGCUAA